UUGAGAGAUUGUGGCAAUUUGGACCAGACGACACCAUUUAAAAAGCCAUUAGGGCCUGCCUCCGCCAUCGCAGCGGAUAAUUGCCGGGCACAAUGGAGUCGCACGGUCCCCUCCAUUUUAAUCGUAGUUCUGUCAGUGCAGCCAGCCAGUUAUCAAGUGGAACAGAUGGUGCUUCUUCGUCUAUAUCUACUCGCUGUCGGGGGAUAUUUCGGCUGCUGCCUUGCCUCCUAUGUGCUGCAGGUGGAUCUGUUCAGCUUCGCUGUCGAUGAUCCCGGGAUAAUCGUCUCUCAAAGUGCCUACGUCGAGCAGGAGCAGAACCGCAGCUAUCUAUCGGGACACUUGAUUUUCAACAAAACAGUAAACGAAAUCACGAUGCGGUCAUCAAUGAACAUCAGUCGUCCUCGACUGCCGGAGGUGCGGCUCUUCGAUGUCAAAUUGAAUGUCUGUCAAAUGAUCAGUAAUGGGUACAAGAAUCGAUUUGUCAGAGUAUUCUACAACAGUUAUGCCUCAUUUGUCAAUACGAGACCCGCAUGUCCCAUUAAGGCGAACUUCAACUACACCCUGACCCGCGCCUAUUUGAACGAAAAAGUCCUGCCCGAACUCCUACCGCAAUGCAUCUUCCGCAUGCAGCUCGUUUUUCAGCACCAGUCAAAGCCUCUGGCUCACAUGCAACUGAAUGGACGAUUGAGUAGGGCCUGAUGUCACUGUAUAGAAUUAUUACCAGUCCUAGCCCCAACAGUUUGCUGGCAUGCCUGUUUGCUCAUUGCUGUCAACUCAAUAAACUGGAA